AUGGAAACUUCAAUUGAGCCCAGAACAGUGUCGUUGGAAGAGGUGAAGCAGCACAACACUGCAGAUGACUGUUGGAUUGCUAUUCACUCCAAGGUUUGGGAUAUUACACAUUUUAUUAAUCAGCAUCCUGGUGGCCCAGAUGUUCUCCUGAACUCGGCUGGUUCUGAUGCCACAGAGAUCUACAACGAUGUUCACGCGCCCGAUAUCAUCGAAGACCUUCCUAGCGACAAAUUAAUUGGGUUUCUAGAGGCCUCGUCACAACCUGUCCAGCCAGAGCUUAAGACCAUCGAAGCUGAUCCUGUACCGCCACCAACAUCACCAACACAAACGAACGAAUUCCCAACACCACAAAAGACAAAAGCAAUUCCUCCUCUUGACGCGAUUCUUAGCGCUAGAGAUUUCGAGGAUGCCGCACGAGAUGCGCUGUCUGCCAAGACAUGGGCAUUUUAUUCGUCUGCAGCGACAGACCUUAUUACACAUGGCAAGAAUAAAGAAUUGGUCCGAAGACUUAUGAUCAGACCCAGAAUCUUGAGGAAUGUCACCAAUAUUGAUUUCAAGACCAACAUCCUUGGUCUCAAUAGCCAAGCACCAUUCUUUAUCUCCCCAGCUGCUAUGGCGCGACUUGCGCACCCUGACGGCGAGCUAGCUCUUAGUCGCGCUGCAGCUAACGAAGGCAUCAUCCAAUGCAUCUCCAGCAACGCUUCCUUCUCAUUAAAAUCCAUCGUCAAUGCUGCUCCAUCUUCACAACCUUUCUUCUUCCAGCUUUACGUCAAUUCCGACCACGAAAAGACGGUUGAGCUAUUGAAGACAGUCAGUGGACUUGGCGUCAAGGCCAUCUUCGUGACAGUCGACGCGCCAGUUCCUGGCAAGCGAGAAGCAGAUGAGAGAGCCGCACAGGAGCAAACUGUCAAGUCGGCUAUAAGUGGCGGCGAAAGCAGUAAGGACAAGAAGGGAAGUGGCUUCGGACGUCUGAUGGCGCAGUAUAUCGACAAAGCGCUGAAUUGGGAUGACUUGGGUUGGAUUCGUGAGGCCAGUGGUGGUUUGCCGAUUGUUUUGAAGGGAGUUCAAACUGCCGAGGACGUUGUCAAGGCCGCUGAGUAUGGAGUUGAGGGCGUUCUCUUGAGUAACCACGGUGGACGAUCACUUGAUGGCGCACAAGCAAGUAUCUUGGUUCUUCUGGAGCUAAGAAAGAACUGCCCAUGGAUCUUUGACAAGCUCGAAGUCUACAUCGAUGGCGGUUUCGAGCGUGGCUCCGAUAUCCUCAAAGCCAUCUGCCUCGGAGCUACAGCUGUCGGAAUUGGACGUCCCUUCUUAUACUCUCUUGUCCACGGCCAGGAGGGUGCUGAGCAUCUUUGUCACAUUCUUAAGGACGAGCUUGAGACAUCAAUGCGUCUAUGUGGAAUCACUUCACUUAGUGAGGCUAGGCCAAGGUUGGUGAACUCGCUAGAUGUGGAUCGUCUGGUGGUGCGCGAUGACUUGAGCAAUUUGAGGGGGCGUUUCGUGUCUAAGCUGUAA